AAUUAUUUGUUUGCUAGGGACUGCCAUAACAAAGUACUGCAGAUGGGAGUGAUUAAACAAUGACGUUUAUUUUCUCUCCAAGAAGUUUUUAAACCGCCCAAGUAAGAUCAAGGAUGUCUCGGGCCAUUCAUCUUCCAGUCCCCUGUCCUGUUCGGCUUGGUACCUUAAGAAAUGACUCCUUGGAAGCUCAGCUUCAUGAAUAUGUCAAACAAGGGAACUAUGUGAAAGUGAAAAAAAUUCUUAAGAAAGGUAAGUACUAUGUUAAAAAUAGCAGGGCAUUUCAUAUCUUUAGAAAAUCACUUGGAGCCCUCCCUUUUCCAGAGAUUUACCUUUUGGGAGCUCUCAGUUCCUCAGACCAUUCAUCUUCACAUCCAAGCUUCCAACUCCCAUUAAGGGCUGGUGUGGCCAGCAUUGAGUGUCUUUGUCUUAUGUUGCAGAUGGUGGAGUUUAUGCAGCGCUGUGCCUCACACAUGCAGGCCAUCAUCCAGGGCUUCUCUUAUGACCUUCUGAAGAAGAUAGACUCCCCUCAACGGCUCAUUUGCAGCCCGCCCUGGUUUGGGGGUCUCAUGCAGGGGAACCCUAAUGGCUCUCCUAACCGGCUGCUUAAAGCUGGAGUCAUUUCUGCCCAAAAUAUCUACAGCUUUGGAUUUGGGAAGUUUUACCUCACAGGGGGGACGCAACUUGCCUAUCUAGGAUCUCUUCCAGUAAUCGGAGAAAAGGAAGUGAUUCAAGCUGAUGAUGAACCCACUUUCUCUUUCUUCAGUGGCCCCUACAUGGUCAUGACUAACCUGGUGUGGAAUGGGAGCAGGGUCACAGUGAAAGAACUGAAUCUCCCCACUCACCCUCACUGCAGCAGGCUGCGACUGGCUGACUUGUUGAUUGCUGAGCAGGAGCACAGCAGCAAGCUGCGGCACCCUCACCUGCUACAGCUGAUGGCUGUGUGCUUAUCCCAGGACUUGGAGAAGACCCGGCUUGUGUAUGAGCGCAUCACCAUUGGCACUCUGUUCAGUGUUCUCCAUGAACGACGGUCCCAGUUCCCAGUGCUGCACAUGGAGGUGAUUGUGCCCUUACUGCUCCAGAUCGCUGACGCCCUGAGAUACCUGCAUUCUCGAGGGUUUGUCCACCGCUCCCUCAGUUCCUACGCUGUCCACAUCGUCUCCACAGGGGAAGCAAGACUGACAAACCUGGAGUACAUGAUGGAAAGCCAGGACAGUGGUAUACACAGGGACCUGACUCGAGUACCCCUCCCCACUCAGCUGUACAAUUGGGCCGCUCCGGAGGUGAUCUUACAGAAGGCGGCCACAGUGAAGUCAGAUGUCUACAGCUUUUCCAUGAUCAUACAAGAGAUUUUAACAGACAACAUACCCUGGAAUGGCUUAGACGGCUCAGUUAUUAAAGAAGCUGUAGUCUUGGGAAAUUGUUUAGAGGCUGAUGUCAGGCUUCCAAAACCUUACUAUGAUAUUGUUAAAUCAGGCAUCCAGGUCAAGCAGAAAGACCGAACUAUGAACCUUCAAGAUAUCCGGUAUAUUCUGAAGAAUGACUUAAAGGAAUUUAUUGGAGCCCAAAGAACUCAGCUAACUAAGAGCCCCAGGGCACAGAGAUAUGAACCCCAUCCUGAUGUCAGUGUCUAUCUAGGAUUGACUUCAGAACAUGCAAAAGCAACCUCAGACUUGGAAAUCAAAGAGCUAAAGGAAACAGGUAGUCAGCCACAUUCACCAAGGGGUCACUUUUCUCCCACCGCAAAGGUAACAUUAGCUCCUCAGAUCCCUGAUUCAAGUCUGAUGGCCCAGGAAUCUCAGAAUCCAGGUACUCCUUUUCCAGCUCCUCCAUUUAUGGCAGAAGAGAUCCACAACCCCCGAACAAGUCAGGAAAGCCUCUGUAGCUUCGAAAUCAAUGAGAUCUACUCAGGCUGUUUACAUUUGGGGGAUAACAGAGAGGAGGAGCACCCAGGAACUGCUUCAUCUCUUGAGGGGUAUAGACCAAACCUGGUAGAUGAACUGCAGUCUGUGGAAGAAGAGUUAGAGAAGAUGGAGAGAGAGGCUUACUUUUGUGAUGAAGAUGAGAGCUCUUCAGAAGUUGACACAGAGCUCUCCUUUGGGUACUGGCAAAAUGGUUCACUUGCUUCACUCAGCCUACCUGAGCCAACCAGAGAAGCCAAGGGCAAAGUGAGCAGCAGGUCCAUGACUGAGGAGUACAUCAGUAAGUGUGUGCUGAAUCUGAAGAUUUCACAGACAUUAAUGCACCAGAAUGCUGAUUUGCUGAGGAACACUCAGCAGAAAAUAGAUGAACUUGAGUUGUUAGAGAAUGAGCAGGAAACAUGCAGGUCUUUAUGGGCUACUUCAAGAGAGUUUUCAGACACCCAUGACUCACCUUCAGCCCUGGGCCCCCCAGCUUUGAGUUAUAUUCCUCCUGUCAUGCAGCUCUCAUGGAGUCCCAAGUCAGACACCAGUGGCAAUUGCCCAACCCUGGCAAGGUCUCCAAGAACAGUGAAAGGCUUUGAAGGGGGACAUUUGGGCAAAAAACCCAAGAAAAGAAGUGACUGUGGCUGGCAGUCUUUCACCCAAGUAUCUGAAGAAAGCACUAGGGAACAGCCAGAGACCAGCCAACAGCUGCCAACUGUUUGUGGCCCUGGAAGACAGAACACAGAUGAGCAAUCUCAGACCACUCAAGGAGCCAAGGACAGUUUGGAAAGAAGCAGGAACCAAAAUAGUAGCCAGGGAAGGCCUAGAGAUACCAGUGAGCUAGCCCAAGUCACACAGCUAAGUAGUAUACUCUUUCCGGAGUCAAGCCACUCAAAAAGACCUGCUGGGUCACCCAGCCUUCACCAGGGCUUUGCAAGGACCAGUGUAGAAGGUGUGUCUUCUGAAAUCUGUAAUACAAAGUCAAGAAAUAAUGAAGAUGAUGGAGAGAUACACAUAAAAUGGAAAAUGGAAGUGAAAGAAAUGGCAGAGAAAGCAGCUACUGGGCAGCUCACAGUACCUCCUUGGCAUCCUCAAAGUAGUUUGACUUUAAACAGUGAAGCUGAAAAUCAGCCUGCUCCUUUGAUGCAGCCCCCUGUUAAGGGCUCUCAAAACAUGGACUGGAAGCAAGUUGUAGUGUAUCACAGAGAAAAUGGUGAGCCAGGAGGAAAUGUCAAAUUUGAAAAAAUGGACAGUAGUGGCUGUGACAGUGACAAGCACAGCAAACAGCCUGAGCCUCAAAGAUUCACCAGUAUCAGGCACCUGUCUCCCAGAAAAAAUGAGCAGCCAGAGCAUAGUGAAUCCUUUCAAGCAAGUUCUGAUGCAUCUGUGGCAGUUGAGAAAUCCUACAGUGACCAAUCUGUACAAUCAACUUGUUCACCAGAAUCUUCUGAAGACAUAACAGAUGAAUUUUUAACUCCAGAAUAUGAGUAUUUUUACUCCUCUACUGUUCAAGAAAACUUAGCUCUAGAGACCUCAAGUCCCAUAGAAAAGGACUUUGAAGAAAUACAAGGUGCCUUUGCCCAACCUCCAGUCUGUGGUAAGGAAAUAUUCCAAAUGAGAAAAAUCCUUGGAAGGAAUGCUGAGAUUUUGACCAGGCCUCAGUUUCAACCUAUACAAAGUAUUGAAGGUAAACAAGAAGAGACAUUAAAGGAAUCACCAAAGGAACUGAAAGAGAAAGACAUCUGCCAAGAUGUCUUUAAAGUUAGGUCAAUUUCUUCAUCUGCCAGUCGGUAUAAAGACUGCCUAGAAAGUAUCACACUUCAGGAUCAAACAAGGUCUACCUCUUGCUGGAAUAGCCAAGAAUCUAUUCGAAUUUUUUCUGAUAAAUUUAUAACCAUUCGAGAGAAAGCAAAGAGCCUGGAUUCUCUCCUUACUUCCUCUGAGACUCCUGCUCCCAAACUGAUCAAUCUGAAAAGAUUGUCUGCAUGUCCUGUAGUUGGUUCUUCUAGUAUGGCUACCACAUCUGACACAUCAACCCAAGCCACCCAGAGAAGGAGCCUGCCUAAAGAACUAAUGGAAGCCAUUUCACAGCAUCACAUUGAUGAGCUACCACCACCAUCUCAGGAGCUGCUUGACGAAAUUGAGCACCUGAAGCAGCAGCAGAAUUCAUCCACAGUGUUGCAUGAGAACACAGUACAUGAUCUGGGCAUCACUGCAAAUGAUCAAAAGCAUUUAGAAGAACAAGAAACUGACCAUAAUAAAAAUGAUAACAUUUUGCUUUGGACAAGAGAAACUGAGGAUCUAGAAGAGGACACAGAGAGAGCUCAUUCUACUCUUGAUGAAGAUCUAGAAAGAUGGUUUCAGCCAUCUGAGGAGAGCAUGGAGCAGCAGGACCCCCGCAAAGGCUCUACAAGGGAGAAAGCAACCAAUGAUCAAGAAGUUGGUGAAAAGCAUAGAAAAAGGGAAAAAAGCAUCAAGCCAGAGAGAAGGAAAUCAGACAGCUUUUUAGGGGCUUCAGAAGAAGAUGAACUAAAACCGUGUUUUUGGAAGCGACUGGGUUGGUCUGAACCAUCCAGGAUAAUUGUGCUGGAUCAGAGUGACUUGUCAGAUUGACUGGAAAUGGAUCACAGAUGGAUUCUGACCCAAGUUUGAGCAUCUUGGUUGUGAGCUCUUCUUUCUUCUGCUGCAGUGCCAUUGGGGCAGUGGUUCCAGUUCCUUAACUCACAAUUUGUUCAGCUGCUACAGUAGACAUAAUGGUUUGGCCCCAUCUGUGCGCAGCAUAUGUAACCAUUUGUUUUUCAAUCAAAUUUCUGAAAAGUGUAAGGUAGUUGCAGUUUUAAAAUUUUCUCAUUGUGCUCAGAAUGGUUUUUGGUUUUGUUGGUGUUAAUUUUUUUGAAUAUUUUAACUC